AUGCCACCGACACAGCAAGAGGUGGAUACUCAUACUUCACCAAUCGUCGAAACAGCGAUCGUGGAGUCUCGACUUCUGAACGCACAAGACGCUUUUGUUUCGCCUUCAGCAACUACAGGUGAUAAUACUGGUCCUCCUACGACUAGUGGCACAACUUCUACUAAAACUUCUUCCAUGUUCAGUCGUGUUCUUGUGUCCACGACAGCUUCUGUUGAGAUAGACGUGACUGCUGGAGUGCCAGUUUCGUCUGCGUUUCUCGUGCACAUGCAAGACCAAAAUGUUGCCGACGAAGGCUUUCAAAG